UCGUCUCCUUGGUUUUCUCACAGCUCAAGAGAUGGCUGCCCAGUGUGUGACAAAGGUGGAGCUGAAUAUUUCCUGCGACAAUCUUCUGGAUAAAGACAUAGGGUCCAAGUCGGACCCGUUAUGCGUGUUAUUUUUGAAUACGAGCGGCCAGCAGUGGUAUGAGGUUGAGCGCACAGAAAAGGUCAAGAAUUGCUUGAAUCCCACAUUUUCCAAGACUUUCAUUAUUGAUUACUACUUCGAAGUGGUUCAGAAAUUGAAAUUUGGGAUUUAUGACAUCGACAACAAGACUAUAGAGCUGGGCGAUGAUGACUUCUUAGGAGAAUGUGAAUGCACCCUUGGACAAAUUGUUUCCAGUAAGAAGCUGACCCGACCCCUGGUGCUUAAGAAUGGCAGACCUGCGGGGAAAGGCAGCAUCACGAUUUCGGCUGAAGAGAUAAAGGAUAACAGAGUCGUCUUGUUUGAAAUGGAAGCCAGGAAACUGGAUAAUAAGGAUCUCUUUGGGAAGUCAGAUCCGUACCUGGAAUUCCACAAGCAGACAUCUGAUGGCAACUGGCUCAUGGUUCACCGGACAGAGGUUAUUAAAAACAACUUGAAUCCUGUUUGGAGGCCUUUUAAAAUCUCCCUUAACUCCCUGUGCUAUGGAGAUAUGGAUAAGAUUAUCAAGGUAGAGUGCUAUGACUACGAUAACGAUGGGUCACAUGAUCUCAUUGGAACAUUCCAAACCACCAUGACGAAACUGAAAGAGGCCUCCAGGAGCUCGCCUGUUGAAUUUGAAUGCAUAAAUGAAAAGAAGAGACAGAAGAAGAAAAGCUACAAGAAUUCCGGUGUCAUCAGUGUGAAGCAGUGUGAGAUUACAGUGGAAUGCACAUUCCUUGACUAUAUCAUGGGAGGCUGUCAGCUGAAUUUUACUGUGGGGGUGGACUUCACUGGCUCCAACGGUGACCCACGGUCUCCUGACUCCCUUCAUUACAUCAGCCCCAACGGCGUGAAUGAGUACUUGACCGCCAUCUGGUCUGUGGGGCUGGUCAUUCAGGAUUACGAUGCUGAUAAGAUGUUUCCAGCCUUUGGGUUCGGAGCUCAGAUUCCUCCUCAGUGGCAGGUGUCGCACGAAUUCCCCAUGAGCUUUAACCCGUCCAACCCCUACUGUAAUGGAAUCCAAGGCAUUGUGGAGGCAUAUCGGGCCUGUCUUCCUCAGAUAAAACUCUAUGGACCAACAAAUUUUUCUCCCAUCAUCAAUCACGUGGCCAGGUUUGCUGCCGCAGCCACACAGCAGCAGACAGCUUCUCAAUACUUCGUGCUGCUCAUCAUCACCGACGGUGUGAUCACGGACCUGGACGAGACCAGACAGGCGAUCGUCAGCGCCGCCAAGCUGCCCAUGUCCAUCAUCAUCGUUGGCGUCGGCGGCGCUGACUUCAGCGCCAUGGAGUUUCUGGACGGUGACGGUGGGGGCCUGCGCUCCCCGUCAGGGGAGACUGCCAUCAGGGACAUCGUGCAGUUCGUGCCUUUCAGGCAGUUCCAGAAUGCUCCCCGAGAAGCGCUGGCUCAGUGCGUCCUGGCGGAGGUCCCCCAGCAGGUGGUGGGCUACUUCAAUACCUGCAAGCUCCUGCCCCCCAAGAACCGCACCGCCCAGUGAAAACGCUCCUGCGCCGCACUGCGGGCUGCCCGUUUCCCACGCUCCCCAGCAUCCGUGACGGAAACCGAGUCCCCGUGGACUGCGUCUCCUUAAAGCAUUCUUUUAUACUUUUCUUGGAAGAAAGUGCUAACUUAACCUUUGUCCAAUCAAUUCAGUGAUUGCUAGUGAUUAGAGACUCGCACGAGGAAAGCCGCCUUUGCCAUGGUGAUUGUUUGCUCUCACAGGAUGAAGAUGCUGGUUGGAACAUUCGUCAGUAGAGAGGAUGAAGACUUGUUGGGGGUGGGGGAAUUUCAGGCCGCUGUGCUUCGUCGGCUCGAGGCCACAUGUGCUACAAGUCAGUGUCCGUCCCCGGUGACGGGCGCUUCUCAAAGCAGACGUGCUGAACCUGUCCCUGCAGUUGCUGAGUGCCUGACCCUUGCCCAAGUCUCGCUGCGGCUUAGCCACAGCACAGCUCGCCCCAGCAGCACCCCAAGACUCUCCGAAGAGCGCAGACGAGGACAGGCACCCUUGCACUUCUCAAAAGGAAGAGGAGCCUCAGGAACGUGCGCGGCUGUUCCCGUGUGCCUUUCCAGGACCCGUGUCUGCACGGAGGGCAGGCCGACCGGGCUCAGCGUCAGUAGCGUUUUUUAAUUGGAGUUUGUCAGAAUGGUUACGACUGCCUAGUCCAGGAAAGCUACGAGGACCAGACGUGUAGAGAAAACUGAGAAUCCCUUCCCUUUUAGCCAAUGAAGACUUUACUUACUAAGAAAGGACAAUUUUUAUCCUUGCUGAGGUCCUAUACAUUGAUUAGUACAUUUCUUCACAUUCGUGUAGACAUUUUUUCCUGUUUUCUUUAGUUACUCUUUUAGUCUGGUUUUUAAACUCAUGAUAGUGGUUGUCUAUUAAUCAAAAUCAUAUUUUGCAUUUUAAUAAUGUGCUAUUUCCUAAGCCCAGAAUGUACUGUAUUAAGCCUAAAACCUGUUGCAACUUAAAAAAAAUAGCCAACAUGCUCUAAGAGCAGAAUUCCCCCUUUCAGAAUACAUUACUCAGCAAACGCUGUCAGAACAGUCAGUAAUGUUUUAUUGAGGACCUGUGUGCCAGGUACCACGCAUACCCACAUGUUGGCCAAUUAUCUUGGAUAAUUUGACAUGAAAAUUUGCAUGUUUGUCAUGUACCCUCAAGGGGACACGCCCAGUGCCAUGCCAGCAUGCCUUUCGCUCUUUCUGAAACUGCGCCACGGCUCUGGUCUCUUGUUCUCUGAGAUGUCUGAAGGACGCGUGAGCCUCGGCCAGGCUCCGUCUGAGAGGGGAGCUGCCUGCUGUCGUGGUCACCCAGCCAGGCGGGCAGUCACCGCCUUCCCGCUCAGUCCGCUGGUCCCUGGCUGCGCGCUGCUGACCUGAAGGCGCCUGACUGGCCGUCUGUACUCCAGGGAGCGGCUCCUUGGCCGGCAAGCCCUUCUGCUGUCAGUUAGGGGAGGGGACUGACGUCCCGCCCAAAGGCUGGGGCCUGCGCUGUCUCAAGUCCUGGUUUGGGUCCUGCGCCUGGGAACAGCACGUGCGUGCCGCUGUUUCAGAAGUUCCUUCUGCAAACACGCGAAGCCUUCUAGAAAAGGUUCCCACACGUUCCCCACGCCUGGUGAGACGCUCAGGAGCAGAGCCCUCGGUUGGGGUCGGCCGGGCUGCACGCCACUCCCCGGGCCUCCUCGUCACCCCCUCACCGCUCCUCAUGCUCCUCACAGCUGUGGCCUCUGCAGGGCACUGGGGACCGCUGUCGUGGGUGCUCACUGAGGUCACUGGCCAAGCACGGUACUCUGUCACCACCAUCAAAUUGAUUUGGUCUUCAUAGUUACAUCAUCUGUUUUAACCAAAAUUGUUCCCUUUUAAAAUUAGUUUUUUGUUAUUCAUUCUUGAUCGGGUUCAUCAGUAGAUGCUGUUAUUCAUAAGAACUGUGAUUCCAGCAAAUUAAGGUAAUUGAUACCUUUUUGCAGUUUUGAAUAAACGCAUUUACAAUUUCUAAAUAAUAUAAAAUUCAUACGAUUUCGACGUUUCACCUCAUUGCCUGCUGAUUUAAUAUUGUUUUAUAUUAAAAGUCAUUUUCCCUGUUGUGCCACCGUUCAUUCAAGUGCCAUUAGUUCUUAAAAUGCCUUUACAGAAAACACAAGCAGUUUGCCUUCCACACCUCCCAGCAUGAGACACACUGCGAACGCGUUUGGCCUGACAGCGCCCCGGGCAGAGGCACGGCUUCUCCCCUGCCCGCUGCUAGACGGUGCGCCAGCUAGCACGGCCGCGCCAUCGAGCGCUUGGGACCGAAAUGGUUACGGUCCCAGGUUUAGUCUCAGGGUGACACUUGUGCCCUGUGCCGUUUCUCCGCAGACUUCCCAGAGCAGAUUCAGGGCCCAGUGCUGCUGACGCUUCAUUCCACGCGCUGUGCCCUUUUCAUUUUGUAAACUUCCCGGAAAGCCACCUUCAGUAGACGCCUCCUAAUCUACGUGUGCCAUCGACGGUCAUGGAAGUGACACAUAAGCGAGAAGUUUGGCGUUAAUUGCGAGAAACUAUUUUGUGCUUUUUGGAUGUCAUACUCGACAGUGUACAAGUUACAAAUACAUGAAUUGAUGUUGAAUAUAUCUCCCAUUUGAGAUCCCUUUGGAUAAAGUUAUUUCUUGAUGUGACACACAAGAGUGCCUUGUUCUCAUUUUUUUCUCUGGUAUCAAAACCAGUAGAAAAGUUAGAAAUAAAGUGAAUGUAGAAAUAAA